AUGAUUGCAAUAGUGUAAACCCCAAGUACUGUACAGUCAACUAGAUAAAGUAAAACAGUAACUUGUUGAUUUCACCUUGAUUAGCCUGGAGAAUAUGAUCACUUUAGAAGAAUAUUAAAAACUAGAUAGAGAUUUCCAUCAAGUUUAGAUUGUAAGUUUAGGAAAUCUUUAAGCAGUCCAUUAAAAAAAUAAAGUGCUAACUAACCUACAGAGAAGAGAGUUCUACUUACUUUAUAAGAUAGACCUAAAACAUAAGCUGAUUUGCCAGAAAGACCUCCAGAAUAUUACAACUUGUUCAAUUUACCUUAUAAAAACUACAAAUAUUAAAAGCCUCCUGGAUAAAUUAAUGUAGCAGAAUAUCUAGAAGGAACCUAUCAAUUAGGGAAAACUAUUGGGAUAUGGGAUAAAAAUAUACUACAUAAGAAAUUAAAUGUGAAUAAGUAUUUGUUGAAUGUUAUGCAUUUAGUCUUUAGAUCAAAAGAAGUAAUUAUACAUCAGAUCAUCUCAUAAAAGCAAGAAAACCAUAAGGUCCAUCUAGUUGUUUGGAAACAAUUUAUAUAGCUAAAUUAUAAUUGGAUAAUGAAUAAUCUUAGGAAGCAUUAAUUAAAAUGAAGGCCAUGGAAGAUACUUUAAAAUAAGAUAUUCAAAGGUAUCUAGUUGAAGGAUCAUCAACUCAACUUUAAAUAAAAUUUCCAUCAUAAUCCUACAUUUUAAAUAGAUGGACUAGACAAUCUAUUGGUUAGGAAGCUCCUCAAUGUUCAAAAUGUGAAUUGAUUCCAAAAUUUGCUUUUUAAAAAAACUAAGUUAAUAAUAGUGUAGAAUCAUUAAAGAGAUCUAUGAUACAAUUUUAAUCAUAGGACAAUUCUUCAUAAAUAACAGAAUUACCAUAACCUAUGAAAUUUUAUAAAUUUGAGUAAAGUAUUAUUAUUUAUAGAACAGCCCAAAAAUAAACUCAUUUUGGCAUCUUUACAAAACUAAAGGAAUGACAAUUGAAUCUUUAAAGGAGGGUUUUAAGAUCUUAAAGAAACCAAUAAUAGGUGAUAGAUUAUUAUUAAGUUUUGAUUUGAGUCCUCUAAAUUUUGAUGAAAGAGUCUCGUAUAAAUAAUUCUGUCAUUUCAUAAGAGUAUUCAUUUACAAGAAAGCCAGUUUAAAAGAAAUGAUAGAUAGUGUACUGAAUGUAGGUGAAUUAAUUAAUAAUAAUAGUUUUAUGAUCCAGAGAAAUAAUAAAGAGUGACAAAUAGAGAAUUUAUUAAUAUAAAUAGGAUACUUUGUGAAUAGUUUAUGGAAAAACAUCCAGCAGUAAAGCCAAUCUAUAAAGAGUUGAUAUAAAACUUUAAACUUUCUAAAGUAAUUAGUGAUGAAAAUGAUACUUAUUUUGAUUAAUAAGCAUUUAAACAUGUGUUCAUAUCAAAUUAGAUGCAUAUCUAAGAUAUUAUAGAAUUGAUUAGUGAUGAGUGA